AUGUACAUAAAAGGUAUUUGGAAUUAAGUAGACUAAAACUAAUAGUUUACAUAGCCAGAAAUAAGUUUAAGAUUACAAAAAAUAAGUAAAAAUUCUACCUUUGUUUAUCUACAGUGUAGUAAUAAAGAAAUAGUCCUCUUUAAAGUAAUUUAGAUUAUUUAUUAAGGAAGGAACCCAAAUAUAGUAAAGCCUACAAAUAUUUAAGAAUUGGAUUUGAUUACAAGUUUUAAGUUUUAAGAAGUCCUUCACUUUUAAUAAAUUCCACUUAAUCAGAGUGGAAAGGAGAGAACAUUAUACAACUGGGGGAAAUUUAUGCAAUUAAAUUAUUCAGAGAAAAUGCAUUAAAGUAAUGCGAGUUUAAAGGAUCUUUAAGAGAAUUACAAAAGCUGAGACAAUAUUUAGGAAAGAGAAUGAAUUAGAUUGGCUUUCAUUAAUAUUUCAAAGUUUACAGGUUGAUUGGUUAAGGAAGUUUUGCUUCAGUAUAUUUAGCCACUAGAAUUGAGGAUGGAAUGAAAAUGGCUGUAAAAGCAUUUUGCAAAAAUGUCAUCUAUAAAUAAGAGAAAGGAAAAGUAAAAAAGAUUAAAAUAUAUCAAAGGAAGGAUUGGUUAAUGAAAUUCAAAUAAUGAGAGAUUUAGAACACCAAAAUUUGAUGAAAUUAUAUGAAGUUUAUGAAACCCAAAACUCAAUUUAUAUGGGUUUAGAGUUACUAGAAGGUGAUUUGCUUUAUGAUCUUUAAAAAGCAAAAAGGAAAUUUACUUCUAUGGAGAUUUAUAAUAUUAUGAAAGGUUUAUUGGAAGGUCUAGCUUACAUUCAUGAAAAGGGUCUAAUGCAUAGAGAUUUGAAAUUGGAAAAUAUUCUCUUUAGAGAGGCUGAGUAAUAAGACUGUUUUAUUUUAUAGUAACUUCAAUUCUGUUGUUAUUGCAGAUUUUGGUUUAGCCACUUAUGUUGAUCAAGUUCCAUUUAUUUUUUCGAGAUGUGGUACUCCAGGUUUUAUAGCACCUGAAAUCAUAAAUUUACAGAAUGAAACAUAACCUUAUGGAGUUGUCUGUGAUAUGUUUUCUCUUGGAGUCAUAUUUUAUAUUUUGAUUACAGGUUAACCUGCUUUUAAAGGCAAAAGUUAUAAUACAAUAGUUAAAUCAAAUAGAACAGGAAUUAUUGAUUUAUAAAUAGAUAAGUUAAAUUAAGCAUCUUAGAAUUUGAAAGACCUAUUAUUUCAGAUGCUAUAAUGUGAUCCUUAAAAUAGAAUUACAUCCAAAUUGGCUAUAUAACAUGAUUAUUUUCGUUCUUUUGAUGAAGAUGAAUUAGAAUUGAUGUAAAGAGAUGAUGAGCCUAGACUUGAAGAAAUAAUAACUAAAUUGAAUUCUAAAUAUAUUAGAUUAGAUCUCAAAAAAUUAAAUUAAAUUAGUGAUGAUCAUUAAAUAUACAAAACUUAAGAACUGAAAGUUAGUUAGAGUUAAAAUGAUUAAGAAUAGAUACAUAUGUUAAUGAGAACUCCAUUACUUACAGGAAGAAUAAAAUAUUAGGAAGGUUUAUAUAUUCAUUAUAUCUAGGUUUACUAAAUUAGGGCAUUUAAUGUUCAGAUUUAAUUCUGCAAAGUCCUAGUUAAGAUCAAGACUAACCUAAAUGGAUUAAAUCAUUUUUAUUAUGA